GGAAGGGAAGGGAAGGGGGGCCACGGGGAGAGCAAAUGGGCCGAGCCUGAGCACCGGCCCGCUUCUCCCCCUCCCCGCCUCCCCUUCGCCCCUUCGCCCAUGACCUGCUCCUGCUUCCAGGCGCUAAUUGUGGCGCUGGGGCUGGUGGCCGGCCUGCAGCUGCUCUACUUGGCCCUACUCUCGGGGCUGCAUGGUCAGGAGCAGCGGUCCCGCCACGCGCAGCUUUUCCAGGCCCAGCGCCCUUUGCCCAGCCAUGGGCAGAAGCAGAGGCUCAAACCGGUGCUGGCUAGCGGGGGCACCCUGGACAUCAGCGGGCAGUACCGCAUCUAUCGGGACAUGCUGCGGGCCUCUUGGGACGGCCGGGACCGGCAGGACGUGGUGCUGGUCACCCACACCAGCCUGGGCAACUUGCACCACGCUCAGCAGCUGGUGGAGCGCUGGCGAGGCCCCGUCUCGGUGGCCCUCUUUGCACCAGGGUUGGACGACGUCCGCCUGGCCACGGCAAUGGUGUAUGCCUUAGCUGUGCUCUGCGCCCCUGUCCGGCAGCUGCUUCGCCUCCACCUCGUGUGCCACGCCGACCAGAUGGCUGCCUUUCCCGAGCAGGAGCGGGAGGAUGGGGAAUUCUCCCGUCUCCAAGCCUGCGGAGAUGUUUUUGCCAAGCUAGCACAGCUAGGGGCUGGCCAGCGUAACUACGCCAUGGACACUGCCAAUGCCUCGUACCCCAACAACCUGCUGCGCAACGUGGCAAGAGAGGCCGCUGGCGGGCAUUGGGUGCUGGUGGUUGACAUGGAUAUGGUGCCCAGUGAAGGCCUGCGAGAAGACUUCCUGGCCUUACCCAAAGCCACCGAUGAGGGGACGCCACGGGUCUUCGUGGUGCCAGCUUUUGAGAUCCGUCACACGCGCCGUAUUCCUGCCACCAAGGCGGAGCUGGUGCAGCUGUAUCAAGUCGGGGAGAUCCGACCCUUCUACGAGGAGUUGUGCCCCCGUUGCCAGGCUCCCACAAACUUUUCCCACUGGCUGAACCUUCCCAUGGGGAGCUCCCUGCGUGUGGCCUACGAGGUGGAGUGGCGGGAUCCUUGGGAACCCUUCUAUGUCGGUGCUAACUCGGUGCCUCCGUACGAUGAACAUUUCAAGCAGUACGGCUUUAACCGUAUCAGUCAGGCCUGCGAACUCCACAUUGCUGGCUACCGUUUUGCAGUACUGAGCAAUGCCUUUCUGGUUCACAAGGGAUUUAAGGUGGCGGGCGAAUUCCAUGCACAAAAGGAUGCUGAGAACCAGCGCAACAAGAUCCUUUUUCGGCAAUUCAAGCACGAGCUGAAGAGCAAAUAUCCAGACUCACCACGGAGAUGUUGACUUCCACUUUGCAGAACUGAAAUUCAUCUUCUUUGGACUUGGAGUGGGGAUAGAUACAGGACCGGCACAAACUAUAUUUGCAUUAUGAUUGUAUGAACAAGCUGCGGGUCAUCUUUCAUUUACUAAAGACAUUCUGUGUUACUGGUUUCAUUUCUGCACUGCAUUCGUCAGUUUCUGACUGCUAUUUUGUACUACAGGCUGACAGAAUAAGGUUAUAAGAUGAUAAAUUAAGAGAGGUGGGCAUGAGAACAUGGAAAAGGGCUUUUAGUUUUGAACUCUGAGACAUGAAAUGGUAAAAUGUAGAAGGAAGACAAUUCUGUAGUGAGAUUUUUUCUGUUUUGUACCUGACCUGCCUUCUCAAACUGGUCACCUCAGUGUCUUGUUCUGCAUAAUGAGGAUUAUACUGGUCCUGAAGGAGAGGUGCUUAAUUUAUUUCUGUAUCUUAAAAUAACCAACCACCUACUAAUUAAA